CAAAGAAGCGACGUGAAGAGGAAUUGGGCAAACGGAGAAGACGGUGUGGUUCGGAGUAUUUCGAAAUUUGUCUUUCUUCCUCGAUUUCAAAUCUAGUUUUCGAAUCUUCUUAGUCAAAUUAGGGUUUCCGAUUUCGACAUUGUGGGUGCGAUUGUGUUAUAAGUCAAACCCCAGAUCAAAAAAUGUCGGCAUCAACGAUGUCCAUGACGGCGACUCCUUCAAAGCGCACCCCGAUUAUCUCCGGAGACAACAAGAGAUCCAACUUCGAUUUCCCGCCAAGCGAAUCGCUUGCGAACGGUGAAGCCACCAGGGAUCCGAUCCUCCCCGAUUCUCUUAUCGAUCGAUCCAAAGGCCAAGACUCGGGUCCGGUAGUGACGAGGAGGGUUUCUUCCACCGCGAACGGAACAACGACGACAACAACCGCCACGCAGCGCCGGACGCGGAAGGUGACCGCUCCCAGGACCGAGAGAGCGCGGUGGAAGAGAGUGGCGAGGGUGUUCGCGAAGCAGCUCGUGGCUCUUCUGAUCAUCGUCGGGUUGAUUCAGGUGGCGAGGAAAGUGCUUGCUCCUUCGUCCUCUCCAUCUUCUUCUUCCUCCUCGUUUGAAACCGAGAUGGCGUUCUCUGGAUUAGAGAGCAGAAUCGCUGAGGUAGACGGUCUCGUGAAGGCCACGACGAGUACGAUGCAACUCCAAGUCGAGUUGCUCGACAAGAAGAUCGCAAAGGAAGCGAAAGCGUUGCGGAAAGAGCUCGAGGCGAAAGCUUCCGCCUUCCAUAACGAGUUGAAGAAGAUCGAGUCUAAGACCGAGUCGCUAGAGAAGUCGGUAGAGGAAGUAAAUGCGAGACCUUUCGUGUCGAGAGACGAGUUCGAGAGGGUUUACGAGGAGUUGAAGAAAGGUGAUGAGUCCGCGUUCAGCGAGGUUAGCAUCGACGAGUUGAGGGCCUACGCUAGGGACGUGAUGGAGAGAGAGAUCGAAAAGCAUGCCGCUGAUGGGCUCGGUAGAGUGGACUAUGCGUUGGCGUCUGGUGGUGGGUUCGUGAUGCAGCAUUCGGAUCCGUUUCUUGUUGGGAAAGGGAGUAACUGGUUUGCGACAGCUAGUAGUAGACGUGCUCAUACCGAUGCGGUUAAGAUGUUGUCUCCGAGUUUCGGGGAGCCUGGACAGUGUUUUGCUCUGAAAGGUAGUAGUGGCUAUGUUCAAAUCAGGCUGAGGGGACCGAUUGUGCCUGAGGCUUUCACCUUGGAGCAUGUAGCUAAGAACGUGGCGUACGACAGAUCGAGUGCUCCAAAAGAUUGUGUCGUGUCAGGAUGGCUGCAAGGGAAAGGACAGGAAUCCUCAGAGGAGACAGAGAAGAUGCAACUUCUAACGGAGUUCACUUACGACCUAGACAGGUCAAACGCACAGACAUUCAACGUCUUGGACUCAUCAGACUCUGGUCUGGUGGAUACUGUCAGGCUAGACUUCACCUCCAACCACGGAAGCGACUCUCAUACUUGCAUCUACCGGUUUAGGGUUCAUGGCCGUGCGCCAGACCCAGCCUCUGUUGUGGAAACACAGCCUUGAUUCACUGGAAGUGGAUGAACCUCUUGUGUUUUUUGUAACAUUCUCUUUUGUGCACAUCUCUUUUGUUACCUGGUUUUUUGGAAGAAAGGAAAGGAAGUAUCAGAGUCUGUGAUAAGACCAGUAAAGAAUUGUUUGGUUUUGCUCGUCUUCAUUCUGCUACCUUUCGGUUUAUUUGAUUUAUUCGGUUCAAAACA